AUGUCUGCACCAGCGAUCCCAAAUUUGAACUCCCUUCGCAGAGGAGGCCACCGUGGACGAGGGAGAGGUCGAGUAGAUCACGGACCACAUGCUGGUGGUUGCAACCAGCUUCAUCACGAUGAAAUUGUUCAACACACCGAUAACGAUGCUGCCACUUCUCGGCAAAGCGCUGUGGAUGCUGGUUAUCUCGAGGAUCCAUUCUCUGCCCUGUUGCACACUGGAGCCCCCGUGUCAAGACGGCUGCCGCUCAUGAACAGAGGAACUUACGUCAGGACAACCUGCAUUGAUCGUAUCGUCGAUACCUUUCUGGCUUCUGCCGGGGAGGGACGCAAGCAGAUCAUCUCCCUGGGCGCCGGCAGUGACACCAGGUAUUUUCGGUUGAGGCAGAAACGUCGAAAACGUGACGUGAUCUACCAUGAACUCGACUUCGAGGCGAACACGAGACGAAAGAUCGCCCAAUUGCGCAGCCCAGGCUUUGAAGCAGCCGCGAAGCAAUUUGCUGAGGUCGACAUGCGUGGAGCCGACGUUCAGCUUUCCCACGACGCGGCUGCCUUCAUGUCCUCCGACUACGUCGUCCAUCCUCAGGACCUCCGGCACCUCUCACAGAAGGAGACCUUGUUGACCGGCGUGGACAUGACCCUUCCCACGUUGAUAAUUUCCGAGUGCUGUCUCGUGUACCUGCCGCCGGAGGGCGCUGAUGCGGUGUUGCACUACUUCUCACAGCUAUUUCCGGAAACGACGCCACUAGCCAUUGCCAUCUACGAGCCUAUCCGCCCCCAUGACUCGUUUGGAAAGACCAUGGUAAGCAAUCUGAUGAGUCGAGGGAUCCAACUGCGGACUCUGGAGAAAUAUGCUGGUCUGGACGAACAGAGAACAAGGUUGAGGACGCAUGGCUUUAGGGAAGACGGGGCCGGCCCUAGCGGAGGUGCAGAAGCGGCUGACAUAGACUUCAUCUGGCAACGAUGGGUAGCCCCAGAGGAGAAGGAACGUGUGGAAGGGUUGGAGUGGAUGGACGAGGUAGAGGAGUUUGUGCUUCUUGCAAAGCAUUAUUGCAUCUGUUGGGGCUGGAAAGGGUUUGGAGACAAUUCAGCUUGGAAGGACCUGCCCGGUCCCAUGUCUUGA